CUGAGCUGUUGACGCACACCACAGUACUCUAGUUAAAAUACUUAAACCUGUGCUUUCAUCAGAGGAAACUUCAGCAGAAAUCCUCACUACAGCAGCAGAAGAAAAUGCCUCUGCUCGACUUGUUUGGAUUCUGGCUCUCUGUCUUCCUCUGCAGCCUCCCAGUGACCACAGGUCAGUCAAAUCUGAUUUGUUCGUCUCAACCAAUCGUAGCUCUCGCUGGUGAUGAUGUUGUCCUACCAUGUCGCCUUGAUCCUCCCACCACUGCCACUUUCAGGGCAGUGGAGUGGACCAAACCUGGUUUAGACCCAGACUACGUCCAUGUCCACCAAGAUGGCCGACUGGCGUAUCAGGGUCAGAACCCUCAGUUUAAAUACCGCACGACUCUGUUUCUGGAUCAGCUGAUCAACGGAAACGUCUCCCUGAAACUCCUCAGAGUGAAAGUCUCUGAUGCAGGAAAAUACAGAUGUUUCAUUCCUUCAUUGUGGAAGGAAGCUUUCAUCCAAGUCACCGUUGGUCAGUCACACAAGGAUUUCUUCAUAGCUUCUUCCUCUGGUUGUACAGCCUCUAUCGUCCUUUGUGUGCUGUUUGGCGUCAUGUUAGUCUUGGCAGUCAGCUUUAUUGUCUGGAAAUGGAGACAGAACAAAUCUGGUGAGCAAAAACCAUAUUUGACUUUUUUAAUAAUGCGUUUUUCUAUCAAUCAAACUUAUGAGACAACAAGUUUAACAGUUCUGUAUAACUCUGCUAAACCACAGGAGUCAGUAACAGCACGGAGCAGCAGAGUUUGA